AUGGCCCGCAUCGUCCUCGCCCUCGCCGCCCUUGCCACGACGCGGGCGCUGCAGCCCGCGCGGCGGACGACCUCGCUGCGCGCCGCGCCCGUCGACGAGGCGCCGGUCGCCGCCGAGGCGCCGGUCGCCGCCGACGAGGCGCCGGUCGUCAUCCCGGAGCCGCCGAAGCCCGUUCCCCGCAACGACGUCGUGCGCAGCAACUGGUACGACCUCGCGCUGCCCUUCAGCCCGCGGCCCGCGGUCCUCGCGUGCGACCUCGCGGCGGACGCCGGCUUCGACCCCGCGGGCCUCGCGACGAGCAAGGUCGACCUCUACAACUACCGCGAGGCCGAGGUGAAGCACGCGCGCCUCGCCAUGCUCGCCGCCGCGGGCUGGCCCAUCGCCGAGCUCUGGGACGGCCCCAUCGCGAACGUGCUCCACCUGCCGUCGAUCGUCGAGCAGAACGGCGGCCGCGACCCGUCGGUGCUCAACGGCGGCCUGGGCCUCAUCUCGCCGGUCUACUGGGUCGGCGUCGUCGCCCUCGCCGGCGCCAUCGAGUUCGUCGGCGAGACGAACAAGGCGCGGCAGAAGGCCGAGGACUCGACGUGGAUGCUCACGGGCAGCUGGGUCCCGGGGGACCUCGGCUUCGACCCGCUGGGCCUCUACACGACCUUCGGGGACAACGCCCAGGCGAAGAUGCUCAUGGAGACGGCGGAGCUCAAGAACGGCCGCCUCGCCAUGGUCGCCAUCCUCUCCUACGUCAUCGAGGAGGUCGUCUCGGGCAAGCCCGUCGUCGAGCUCACGCCCCUCUUCUUCGAACCCUUCUGGAAGGUCGUCGAGGACCUCAUGUUCGCCGCCCCGCCCCUCUACGCCCAGUAA